AUGACGUCCGCAUAUCGUAUCAAUUACCAGCUGAGAGCUCACAAACGCGAUGAGUUUAUUGAAUUCGUCAAAGGCUUACUUCUCACACCAUUCGUCUUGCACAUGAGACCACGAUCCACUGUUACUCUGAAAGCCAACGGGUCUGAUGCCAUUCGCGAUCCCCAAACAAGACUACUCAAAUCAACUUUAAGUGAUUCGACUGUUGGACAGGAAGAUGCUACACAGACUGAAUCUAAUGUUGCCAGGUAUUCGGAAAUCCUCUCGUGUGUAGAGGAUAUGGUGUUGGAUCACAUGUUCCACUGUAACAGUGGUGUACCUGAACUGUCAAGAUUAUCGCAAUUGGUUCCUACUGUUGGACGGUUUUUCACACCAUUACCUCUCAAAGACAGUUUUAUAUACAACAAUCGAAAACGAAGUAUCGCUGGGCGUCGAAACGUUCCGCCAUCAUUCAAUGACAUUCGAAAUAUUCUCAAUACUGCUCAAGUCAUGUCAAUAGCGCCCACCAUCAAACUCAUCACUUUCGAUGGAGAUAUGACACUAUACGCAGACGGUGCAGACUUUGAAAAGGACUCGCAGCUAGUGUCUCUGCUUCUCAAACUCCUUGACGCCGGUCUCUACGUAUCAAUCGUCACAGCAGCAGGUUACCCAAACAACCCCACUCGAUACGAACAACGAUUAUCAGGUCUCCUGCAUGGCUUGCAAGCAUCUGCCCUGGCGGCAGAAGCCAGAGCACGCUUCUUUGUACUGGGUGGUGAAUGUAACUACCUCUUCAGAUAUGAUCCAAGUGUUCAUCAUUUGGUGUCUAUUCCUGAAGAAGAAUAUCACUCAAAAGCUGCUAUUGGCAAUUAUACUUGGCCUAUUGCUCCACAACGUAUCAAUGAAUUGUUGGAUGUCGCUGAAGCGUCGUUGAAAGAAUGUAUUGAUUGGAUGAGUGUUACGCAUAUGGUGUCGUUUAUACGAAAGGAUCGUGCUGUUGGUGUUGUUGCAAAUGAUGGCUGUCAUUUGACUCGAGAGCAACUAGACGAACUUGUGCUCUCAGUCCAACGACGGUUGACUACCUACCAAAGCUAUAGACGAGCAGAAAUGCAACAACGUGAAGACUUGGAUCUUGACGAGGGAGGAAGGGACGAAAUACUACCCUUUUGCGCUUUCAAUGGUGGCUCGGACGUAUGGGUUGAUGUGGGAAACAAGUUGGUGGGUGUCCAUCUGUUGCAACAACAUUUGGGAGCUGCUGGACAUGAAACACUACAUAUUGGAGAUCAGUUCUUGAGCACUGGCAACGACCUGUCUACACGAAGUGCAUGUUGUACAUCCUGGAUUACAAGUCCUGAAGAAACCGCUGAAUUGUUACAACAAUUGACGCCCUUGUUGGCUGAGAGACAAAACCCCCCAGCCUCCGUCUCGUCGCCUGCGAACAAAAAGAGGAAGAACAACCUUGUAUUAUAA